CAAGUGUUUCGCCUCGGCCCCGAUAGAGGCUAGAGGCCCCAAGGAACGAAAUCGAAGGAAAAGGCCGGGACUGAACCAUUCAUAUUGUCUGAGCAGACCCCGCUCGCGGCCUCUCAAGCCUCGCCAGGCCGGGCCCGCAGAGAUGGCGCAGCGCGCCCACCAUGGGCGCAAAGUCCUCGACGGCGGCUGGCCACCGCUUCGCUGGCAGCCUCCGGCGUUCGAGCUCGCGCGACAGCGGUGAUGGCGGGCGGGCGCCGCGUCCCGCAGCGGCGCCCACGGUGGAGGAGGUCAUGCUCGCGGCCCGGUUCGCGGACGGCGACGGCGCCGCUGGGGCGCCGCCGUUCUACGCGGUGGCGGCGCAGUGGUUCGACGCUUGGCGCCUGUUCGUCGCGGGCGAGGCGCAGCCGCCAGGGCCUGUGGCUAACGGCCCGCUGGUGGACGGCAGUGCGCCAUGCGCGGGCGACGUGGUCUGGGUCCGCGCGGAGGACUGGCGCCUGCUGCGCGCGCAGCAUGGCGGCGGGCCCGUCCUCCGCCGGGCCUCCGCCGAGCUCUUCCCGCCCGCAGAACCGCCCAGCACGGGACCGCAGCUCACGGACGGCGGCGCGGGCGAGGCCGGCGGCGGCGCCGAGGGGGAGCGGCUGCGGGCGCUGCUGCGCGAGGCGCGGGGCCCGCUCGCCGCGGGCUGCGGCGCCCUGGGGCGCGAGCUCGCUGCCGAGGCCGCGCACCUGCGCGAGGGCCCGUGGGCGGUCCGCGGCGGGCUGGGCGGCCGGCGGAGCGGCAGGCCCGCCGAGAGGGCGGCGGCGGCGGCGCAGUCCGCAGCGCGGUCGCGGGUCCUGGAGGCCGCGGAGUCGCAGUACGGCGGGGAGGAGCUGAAGGAGGCCCUCGAGGCCCUGCGGCCGCUGGAGGGCGGUGUGAGCCUCCAGAGGCUCGAUGAGCUGAUGCACCAGCUGUGCGCGCUGGAGGAGGCGCAGGUCGCGACGGCCUGCCUGCUCCAAGCGCUGCAGGACUACGACCGCCUGGGGGUCGAGCUGUGGCUCGAGCAGGGCAGCGCUGUUGCCAUUGCUGCUGGGACUCUCGACAUUCACGUCGUAUACUUUGCCACUGGCACGCCAGGCAUGGUGCAGCCCAGGGGCAUGGCAGUCGACGGCGCUUUAGCCGCCAGCGUGAGGGAGCAGCGGAGCCACAUGAGACGGGUCCUCUCUGCGGCCAUGUCCCCAAAGGAGGAUGUCUUGUCAUUGGUUACGGGCGACUUCAACUGGGUGGCUGCCCCUGAAGACCGGAUGGUGAAAUCCACCGGCGAGUUCUCUGGCGCGGACGACGCCGCCGAGCAGAGGGAGGCCAUGGCGACGCUCUGGAGCCCGGCCGGCUUGUACGAGGUCCGCCAAGACGAGCCCACGCACGAGUGCGCUCAGGCGUGGAGCCAGCUCGAUCGUUGCUACUGGAAUGCAGACUUGGCUGGCCAACUGGACCGCGACAUCUCGUGCACUGCUCUUGAGUGGGUUCCACAUUUGUCGGCCCACAGGGCCAUCGCAUUCGGCCGCCGCACCCCGGCCAGGCGAAAAGCAGGUGCCGCGCCGGUCCGCCCGGAGAUUGUCGCCGUCGCCAGCUGGUCACUCCGCGUCGCGGCGGUGCACCAAGAGCUGCGGCAGUCAUGGUGGCGCUCGGCCGGCGGCUCUUCCGCGGUCGAUCCGGGGUUGCCCCCGGUGCCAUCGUCUGGACAUGGUGUGCCCCCUCUCCGAGAUCUGGCUUUCCUGAAGCAGGCAAUGAGGAUCACGGCGGACUGGAUGCUCCAGGAGUCUUCGACGACUGCGCCAGAGGCCUCGCUCGACGACAACGUGGGCCAUACGUUGCGUUUCAUACGAGCGGCAGAACGGGGAGCGACAGGAGUGAUGCAGCAGUGCCUUCACGCAUCCCCUCGCCUUGGCACCUUAGUCCCCUCGCCGCUACAGCUGGCCAGCGCUCGCGGCCGGCAACUGCAACCGUACCGACAGCUCGCCGUGGAGUUGGCGCGCGAUUCCGCCUUGGAGGAACUCUCGGCCCUGCAGGCGCAGCGGGGGGAUUUGACCGAGCAGGAGGUGGGCGUUCGUCGCAGCCGCAUCCUUACCAAACUCAAGAAGCUCGCCCCCGGUCGCUCGGGCAGCCUUGCCGGCGUGGCAUCGACGAGCGGAGACAUCUUGACCGAUCCGAAGGAGAUGGCGGACGCUCUCAGACAGCACUGGCAGGACGUCUUCGCGCAGCGCCCGGUAGACGAGCAGCUCUUGGAGCAGUGGGUGCGGGACGACGCGCCGCCGCAGGUGCCGCCGCCUGACGCGGGCGCUUGGGCCCUCCGUCGUUCGCACGUGCAGAAAGCAUUAGAGCAGUCUCCAAAUUCGGCUCUUGGUCCAGAUGGGCUCUCCUUCGCGGCGUGGCGCCGCCUCGGCCCGCUGGCCGUCGACGUCCUCUGGAACGCGCCCCAGGCCAUCACGAUGGAGGCAGAAGCCGAGUACUUCGAGGAGUUCAUCACCACCUUCAACACCAGCCUCAUGGUUUUCUUGCCCAAGGGCGCCGGCGCCACGCACCGCGGGCUGACCGACCACAAGCCAGCGGCGCUUCCCGCCGCAACCAAGAAGGCAGUCCGAGCUGGCAAAUUCACGAACGCCAACAUCUUCGCGCUGCAGAAUAAGAUGCGCGUGAAUAUUGUUUGCAAGGACUUGGAGAGCAACGAGCCGUUCAUCGCAGCGGCCCUGAAGAGCACGCGUUUCAAGAGCUCUUACUUCUGGGCCGACGUUUUAUUGAUGCUCAACUUGUGGCUGAAUAGUAGCUUGCUCAACGGUUCGGAUGAUCAAGAGGUUAUGCUUAGCGCACUACGCGAAGGCAAGACGUGGCUGAAGCUUAUGCAGUAUCUCGCGUUGCGGACGAGCAAAUCAGGCGUGCGCCGCACAUCGACAACGGCCCAGAGGUUGAAGAGCCUGUUCAAGACAGCCGAGCCGAUGAAGUCCAGGACGCCCACGAAGAAGCAGAGCGACGACGCCGAGGGCGACGAGAGCUCCAGCGUGGUCAGCAGUGACUCGGAGGAGGCCGGCAACGUGGAGGCCCGCAUGAUGCUCGGCGACGAGAGCUCCAGUGUGGUCAGCAGUGACUCCGAGCUGGAGACUGACGAGCGCAAGCUGGAUGACGACAUCGGCGUGGACGGCGACGGGGGCCCCGGCGAGCCCGCCGGCGCCCCAGGCAAGGGCGAGGUCGGCGAGAGCGAGCUCGAUGGCGGCAUCAGCGAGGACGGUGACGAGAGCUACGACGAGUCAGGGGGCAAACGCACGGUCAGCGGGAUCAUCAACGAGAUCGUCAGCAAGAUCGAUGGCGGCAUCAUCAGCGAGGGCGGUGGCGAGAGCCCCGACGAGCCCGCCGGCGAGGCCCCAGGCAAGGGCGAGGUCGGCGAGAGCAAGCUCGAUGGCGACGAGGGCGGCGACGAGAGCCCCGACGAGCCCGCCGGCGAGGCUCCAGGCAAGGGCGAGGCCGGCGAGAGCAAGCUCGAUGGCGACGAGGGCGGUCACGAGAGCUCCGACGAGCCUGCCUGCGAGGCUCCAGGCAAGGGCGAGGUCGGCGAGAGCAAGCUCGAUGGCGGCAUCAUCGAGGACGGCGACGAGAGCUCCGACGAGCCCGCCAGCGAGGCUCCUGCAGGCAAGGGCGAGGCCGGCGAGAGCAAGCUCGAUGGCGACAUCAACGAGGGCGGUGACGAGGUCUCCGACGAGCCUGCCUGCAAGGCCCAGGGCAAGGGCGAGGUCGGCGAGAGCAAGCUCGAUGGCGGCAUCAUCGAGGACGGUGACGAGAGCUCCGACGAGCCCGCCGGCGAGGGGGCCCCAUGCAAGGGCGAGGUCGGCAAGAGCAAGCUCGAUGGCGACAUCAACGAAGACGAGUCGGGGGAGGAGCUCGAGUGCGGCAAGGAGCCCGACACCCCCGACGAGGAGCUCGAUGGCGAAGAGUGCUCGGAGGGCGAGAUCCCCGACCUUGGCUUCAAGACGCCCGACCCGAAGUGCCCCCUCACGCUCUCGAGUGGAUCGCCUACCCCGCCGACCACGCCCGCCGAGCUCAACGAAAUGGGCAAGCAACGCACGGAAGUCCCGGAGGUCGUGAAGCCAGCCGCGCCCACGAAUAAGGACUUCGCGACCAAGUUCCACGAUUUCGGCCUGAGCGAGAUUGGCACGCCCCUCUUCGCGCGCCCACCGGUCGCCACAGUGGAGAAGUUCCGCGGCGCGCAGAACUACGCGGUCUACUCUGAGAGCGGGGCCGUCGUCAAUGUGUUGCUGAAGUGCAAGGCGUUCCGCAUCAUCACAAACCCGCUGUCAUCGCAGCCGCCCUGCCCCAACUACGGAUGGGCCAAGCACGGUGGUGCGCAGCAGGCGCGGGACCUCUGCGCCAGGGCGCGCGGCUUCGACGUGCCGAUGAUCGUUUAG